GUAGUUGUGUGAACAGCUCUCAUCCAAGCCGCGCAUACUGCGCUCUCGGAUCAUAAACCUCCGAAAACUGCGUAGAUGUUGGAGUUUACGCACUGUCUUUGGAUGAGAAGGUAUAUCGAUGGUUUAAUCAAUACAUUGGUGGGAUGUGAAAUCUGAGCGGACCAUUUACCAAUCAAUAUUAUAUCAUGAGACACCAGUGAAACUGUACGUGACUGGACGAUUAUCACCGUUUAUCAAAUGAUAAAUAACGACCCUUCGGCAAAGGAGGUGAAAAACACAUACUGCAGCAAAGCCGAGAGAUGCAUCACUGGCUGUGCCGAAGGACACCCGAACCUCUAGCUAUGUGAACACAAGGUAUCAGAAUUGAAGUGUCUAGAUUCGUGUUUCCUGUGACAUCUUUUACUUCUCAAAUCUGCUUGGUGAAGGAUAGAGAGAGAGAAAAACAGAGAAAGAUUUUCAGACUUGAAGGAGCAAUGUGACGGUUGGAUUACUCCUUCCUCUGGGAUUCUCUGGCUAUGAUGGACCUCCAAACCAGACAUUGAAUCAGCUCUGCUCAAGCAGACACAAUGCUCCUUGUUAUAUUCCAAAUAUCAACUCAAACACCAGUUGGCAGUUCAACAGAGAAAAAUGAAAACUUGCCAUCCACAGUAAAUAUCCUGCCCAUACUGCUGGGGGUCUCUGUCUUAGUGAUUUUUCUUGGGCUACUGACCUGGUUUUGCUACAGGUUGAAAAACCAGAGGAAAGCUGUCAUCACAGCCGUCGACAAGAAAGUACCAAAUGGCAUCCUGGAAGAGCAAGAACAACAGACGGUGGUCUUACUGCAGAGAUCUCCUUCCACUUCCAAAACAUAUGUCCCAAUGCCUGUAGACCACCUGGAAGAAGAAUAUCGAAUACGCUCAGCCGAUGAUGGGAAGCUUUUUAGAGAAGAGUACAAUGCAUUACGAGGAGGUUCGACCCAAGGAACAUGUGAAGAGGCUAUUAAAGAAGAAAACAAAGAGAAGAACAGAUAUCCAAACAUUUUACCAUAUGAUCAUUCCAGAGUGGUUCUAACACCAAUCGAUGGGGUCCCUUGUUCAGAUUAUAUUAAUGCAUCAUAUAUUGAUGGUUAUAAAGAUAAGAAUAAGUUCAUUGCAGCACAAGGUCCGAAGCAGGACACGGUAGCAGAUUUCUGGAGAAUGAUUUGGGAACAGAAAUCAGCCACUAUUGUUAUGCUAACAAAUCUAAAGGAGAGAAAAGAGGAUAAGUGUUAUCAGUAUUGGCCCGAUCAGGGAUGCUGGACGUAUGGUAACGUGCGUGUUGCUGUGGAAGAUUUCACCGUACUAGUGGACUACACGAUACGCAAAUUCUGUGUGCAAUAUCAGGCCAGUGAUGGCUCAAAAACGCCCCGUCUGGUCACGCAGCUUCACUUCACCAGCUGGCCUGACUUCGGCGUCCCCUUCUCCCCCAUCGGUAUGCUCAAGUUCCUGAAGAAGGUGAAGCAUGUUAAUCCCUUGUUCUCCGGACCCAUCGUGGUGCACUGCAGUGCUGGGGUGGGCAGGACAGGAACUUUUAUCGUCAUCGAUGCUAUGAUCGACAUGAUGCACACAGAAAAGAAGGUGGACGUGUUCGGGUUUGUAUCACGGAUACGAGAGCAGAGAUCACAUCUCAUUCAGACAGACUUGCAGUACUCAUUCGUCUAUCGAGCUCUAUUGGAGUACUUUCUGUAUGGAGACACAGAGCUGGAUGUUUCUUCUCUAGAGGGACAUCUGGAUAAACUGCACAACACCUGUGCUCCACUAGACCGUGUGGGCCUGGAGGAGGAGUUUAAAAAACUGACAAACAUGCGCAUCAUGAAGGAAAACAUGAGGAUUGGCAACCUGCCAGCCAACAUGAAGAAAAACAGAGUACUUCAGAUUAUUCCAUAUGACUUUAACAGAGUAAUAAUAUCUAUGAAAAGAGGUCAAGAGUUCACAGAUUAUAUCAACGCAUCUUUCAUUGAUGGGUACCGGCAGAAGGACUAUUUCAUCGCCACACAGGGUCCUCUGUCACACACAGUGGACGACUUCUGGAGGAUGGUGUGGGAAUGGAAGUGUCACUCAAUCGUCAUGCUGACAGAACUGCAGGAGAGAGAUCAGGACAAGUGUUUUCAGUACUGGCCUACUGAAGAUUCUGUGACGUACGGAGAGUUCACCGUGGAGAUUAAAGCUGACACACUGUGUGACACGUUUAGUCUCAGAGAUCUAGUGCUUACAUACGGCCCAGAGAAGCAGACACGUUUAGUUCGGCACUUUCAUUUCCAUGGCUGGCCAGAGAUCGGGAUCCCAGCUGAAGGUAAAGGAAUGAUUGACAUCAUCGCGUCAGUACAGAAACAACAGCAACAGUCGGGCAACCACCCCAUAGUCGUGCACUGCAGUGCGGGAGCGGGUCGGACCGGUACGUUUGUCGCUCUCAGUAAUAUUCUGGAGCGAGUGAAAGCCGAGGGUUUGCUGGACCUGUUUCAGACAGUGAAAAGUUUACGAAUGCAGCGUCCACACAUGGUGCAGACAGUGGAACAGUAUGAUUUCUGCUACAGAGUGGUACAGGACUUUGUCGACAUUUUCUCAGACUAUGCCAAUUUUAAAUGAUCUAAUCUGCCUUAAAUAUUUGAGUUGUUGGAUGCUUUUUUACACGCCGGUCGAUCAGGAUUUUACACCGCGACUGGAAGAUAAUUACGCUCUAUUUUGCUAUGCACUUCUCCUCAGUGUUACUAAAAGACCAUAUCUAUCUGUAAUAUACUGUAUUAAGGCUACUAAAGUUUUAAAAACUGUCUCCUUUAUAACAUAUUUAAAUGGGUUGUUUUAUUUUGGUCUUAAAUUGUCUCUCUUACGAUGGAUCAUUCCAAUUUCUGUUAUUAUUGUUAAAUAGUGUUUCUCUUUGUUUGUUCAACUAAUUAUUUGUAUUAUUUUUUUAAAAGCAACUCAUGGAGAGUUUGUAAAGCUGUAGGUGUUAUGUAUUUAUGCACUGUUGCAGACAGGACAUCUUGCUAGAUAAAGUGUUUAUGUGAAUGUUUCCUGAAAUUUUAUUUAUUCAGAGUUAUAGUCUUACAUUUUAUGAGAUAUAAUUGUGUCAAAAAGUUAUUUUUGAUCCUGUCUUUAGCAUUGUGCUCAUCAGACAUUUCAAAUUGUCAUUGUUUUGGUUUCUGAGCAGCAAAUAUACCCAUCACAUGAAGAGAGUAUAAUAGAUUAUUUUAAUUCUAUUCUAGCAUUUGGCAAAUGUAUCAUUAGUGAGAAAGGCACAAAAACAUUUACAUGUAACAUCAGCAAGGAUUUAUAUUGGAGGAGAACUUACAUAUUACAGAAAGGUGAACUGUAUGAGUCUCAUGACCUUUGACCUUAAACCUCCAGCCUCUGUUUCCCUGAGAAUAUUACUGAGAAAAUCAGCACAGGUUUUGAAAGCACAUAUCACUGAUUGUUGCUUUGCUCCAGGCCAAGGAUUUACAAAUAAAUGAACAAAUUCAUUAUGAAAUCACAUCUUUGUUAUGUGUCUUGC